AUGCCUGCAUCCGACGAGCGACGUGAGCCUGGUGAGGUGAACGCGAACGAAAACGACGCUGAUCGUGCGUCCACGACGGCGACGAAAUCCUUCGACGUCUUGGCGAAAAGCUUGUCGCUCGCAGCCGAGGCUCGAAGCGCGGGUGAGCGACAGCGGUCGAAUGCGAUAUUAGAGGGAGUCUUGAAGCAGUACGUUGCAGAUUUGGACGAGAUGCGGGCGAAAUUCGAGCGACAAAGAGAGAGUUUGAACGAUGGCGGUGACGGGGACGCCAUGGACACGAGUUGA